AUGGCGUUAAAAGGCAUAGUGGGACUAGAGAUAUUUUGUUUAGCGCUACAGGUAUGUCGGAUUCGAUGGAAAUCAGAUGUAAACAAUAAAUCGAUGGAAGGAUCAGACAAAAAGAGAAUGAAAGAUACGAGAAUAAGGCAGGAGUUCCUGAAAAUUAUUCGACAGAGUGAGUACAUGAUAGUGGAUCAAUUGAAGAAAACCCCUGCAAAGAUUUCGAUCUUGGAGUUGAUAAUGAGUUCUGAACCGCAUCGACAAGUCUUGAUGAGAAUGUUAAAUCAGGCGUAUGUAUCAGACAAGAUUCCUACAGACUCUUUUAAUGGCAUUGUGGGAAAUGUGUUGGCCUCUCAUUUGUUGUCCUUUACUGAGGAUGAUAUUCCGCCUGAAGGGAUGGGGCACAACAAAGCUUUGCAUAUUUCAGCCAUGUGUCGUGGAAAGGAAUUAGCAAGUAUUUUGGUGGAUAAUGGGUCAUCGCUCAAUAUUUUACCAAAGGAGACUUUUGAAAAGUUGCCGAUUGACAGAUCUUAUUUAAGACCAGUGCCGAUGGUAGUAAGGGCAUUCGAUGGAACACGUAGAGAGAUUAUGGGAGAAAUUGAAAUACCUUUACAGGUUGCAAGCGUAACUUUCAAUGUACCAUUUGUGGUAAUGGAUAUCUCACCAACCUACAGUUGCCUGUUGGGACGACCUUGGAUUCACACUGCAGGAGCCGUUCCCUCAUCGUUGCAUCAGAUGCUCAAGUUUGUUCAUGAUGGAAAGGUUUAUAUAGUAAAAGGCCAGUCAGAAUGGAUGGUUGCUAGUUUGGAAAUUGAGAUUUUACCUGAAAUGUUAAGACAAGUCAAUCAGGAAGAGAAACUAAUAAAGCCGUACCAAGAGAUAACUGAAGUUGUUAAUUUGGGAACUGAGACGGAGAAAAAGGAGGUUAAGGUAGGAGCUGCCUUCGAAGGAGAGAAUAAGAAGAAAUUGAUAGAUUUGUUGCAUAGUUACCAGGAUGUCUUUGCAUGGUCUUAUCAGGAUAUGCCCGGUCUUGAUACAAGUAUUGUUGUUCACAAGUUGCCAUUGAUUCCAGAAUGUACCCCAGUGAAACAAAAGCUAAGGAGAUUGAAAGCAGAAAUGCUUUUGAAGAUAAGAGAUGAAGUGAAGAAGCAGUUCGAUGCUGGUUUUUUAGCAGUGGCUAGAUACCCUGAAUGGGUGGCAAAUAUUGUACCUGUUCCCAAGAAGGAUGGAAAAGUGCGGAUGUGUGUCGAUUAUAGAGAUCUCAAUCGUGCAAGCCCGAAGGAUAAUUUUCCGCUUCCCCAUAUCGAUGUUUUAGUGGAUAAUACAGCUAGACAUUCAACUUUCUCUUUCAUGGAUGGAUUUUCGGGUUACAAUCAGAUCAAGAUGGCACCAGAGGAUCGUGAGAAAACGACUUUUAUUACCCUCUGGGGAACCUUUUGCUAUAAAGUCAUGCCGUUUGGUCUGAAGAAUGCUGGUGCUACUUAUCAACGAGCCAUGGUCACUUUGUUUCAUGACAUGAUGCAUAGAGAAGUUGAAGUAUAUGUCGAUGAUAUGAUAGCAAAAUCCAAAGAAGAUGAAGAUCAUAUUGUGAAUCUCCAGAAGUUGUUUGAUCGAUUAAGGAAGCAUCAAUUGAAGUUGAAUCCAGCUAAGUGCACAUUUGGAGCGACCUCGGGGAAGUUGUUAGGUUUUAUUGUAAGCAGGAAAGGAAUUGAGGUAGAUCCUGAUAAAGUGAAGGCGAUCUUGGAGAUGCCACCUCCUCGGACAGAAAAGGAAGUUAGGGGUUUCUUGGGAAGAUUAAAUUACAUUGCCAGAUUCAUUUCACAGUUGACAGCUACUUGUGAACCUAUUUUUAAAUUGUUGCGUAAGAGUAAUUCUACUGAGUGGAACGAAGAUUGUCAGAUUGCAUUCGAAAAGAUCAAGCAAUAUUUGAAAAGUCCUCCAGUAUUGAUGCCUCCUGUGGCUGGUAGGCCGCUUAUUCUCUAUUUGACUGUCUCGGAUAGUUCGAUGGGAUGUGUGCUUGGACAGCAUGAUUCAUCUGGAAGGAUAGAGCAUGCCAUUUAUUACUUAAGCAAGAAGUUUACUAGUUGUGAAGCAAAUUAUUCGAUAUUGGAGAAAACUUGUUGCUCUUUGGUUUGGGCUGCACAUCGGCUUAGACAAUACAUGCUUUAUCAUACAACGUGGUUGAUUUCCAGGAUGGAUCCUAUCAAAUACAUUUUUGAGAAACCUUCUCUUUCAGGGAGGAUAGCUAAAUGGCAGAUGUUGUUAUCAGAAUAUGAUAUUUUGUAUGUUACACAGAAGGCAAUCAAAGGGAGUGCGAUAGCAGAUUAUUUGGCAGAUGGAGCAAUUGAUGAUGCUCAGUCUAUGGAUUUGAAGUUUCCAGAUAUUGAUGUCAUGGCUGUGUCGAUAGAAGAAGGGAAUCAGAAGGAUUUGGCAAAGUGGACUAUGUUGUUCGAUGGGGCUUCUAAUAUCAUGGGAUGUGGAAUUGGUGCAGUGUUAAUAUCACCCGAUGAGAAUAUUAUUCCGUUUACAGCUAAGUUGUAUUUCGAAUGUACAAACAAUGUGGCUGAGUAUGAAGCAUGUACGAUGGGAAUUCAAGUUGCUAUCGAUAUGGGGAUUAGGAGGCUACAGGUCUAUGGUGACUCACAGUUGGUUAUUAGGCAAUUGAAUGAUGAGUGGGAAACUAAAGAUGACAAGCUCAUUCCAUAUUACCAACAUAUCAAAAAGUUAGUUAAGUUUUUUGAUUGGAUUGAGUUUGAUCAUAUCCCAAGAGAGGAGAAUCAAAUAGCGGAUGCUUUGGCGACUUUGGCGGCAAUGUUUGAUGUAGACCCAAAAGGGGAAGUGCAGCUAAUUAAAAUUGAGAAACGAGAAGUUCGAGGUUACUGUUCAAAUUUAGAGGGAGAGCCUGAUGGUAAACCGUGGUAUCAUGAUAUUCAACAGUACAUUGAAAAGAAAGCAUAUCCAUCAGGGGCAUCAGAGAAUGAUAAGCGUACCAUCAGGAGACUGGCAGGAUCUUUCUUCUUGAGUGGAAAUGUUCUUUAUAAAAGGAAUGAUGGGAUAGUUUUCUUGCGUUGUGUUGACGUUGCUGAGGCUAAACAAAUAAUGGAGGAAAUUCAUGAAGGAAUAUGUGGGACUCAUUCCAGUGGAUAUGCAAUGGCAUGGAAGAUUAUUCGUGCAGGGUAUUAUUGGUUAACCAUGGAGAGGGACUGUAUAAGUUAUGCAAACAGAUGCCACAAGUGUCAGAUUUAUGCAGACAGAACACAUGUUCCAGUUAAUCCAUUGCAUGUGUUGACAUCACCAUGGCCUUUCUCAAUGUGGGGAUUAGAUGUCAUCGGUCCAAUUGAGCCGAAGGCUUCUAAUGGGCAUCGGUUUAUUCUGGUUGCUAUCGAUUAUUUUACCAAAUGGGUGGAGGCUGCUUCGUAUUCUAAUGUGACAAGUAGCGUGGUUGUUCGGUUUUUGAGGAAAGAGAUUGUUUGUCGAUAUGGAGUCCCAGAAAGAAUUAUCACUGACAAUGGCACGAAUUUCAACAGUAAAAUGGUGAAGGAUUUUUGUGACCAAUUCAAAAUUUAUCACCAUAAUUCGACUCCUUACCGUCCGAAGAUGAAUGGGGCUGUCGAAGCGGCGAAUAAGAAUAUCAAGAAGAUCAUUGGGAAGAUGACAGAGAAUUACAAAGAUUGGCAUGAGAAGAUCCCUUUUGCUCUAUAUGGUUAUCGGACCUCAAUACGGACAUCUACCGGGGAGACGCCUUUCUCCUUGGUGUAUGGCAUGGAAGCGGUUUUGCCUAUUGAAGUGGAGGUUCCAUCCCUUCGAGUAGUUCUGGAGGCAGGAUUGGAAGAAUCAGAAUGGACUCGAAUGCGUUAUGAGCAGUUGAAUUUGAUUGAAGAACGAAGACUAAGAGCAAUUUGUAAAGGGCAAUUGUAUCAAAGAAGAUUGAUGAAAGCACAUAAUAAGAAAGUUCGACCUCGCAGUUUCAGGGAGGGAGAGUUAGUGUUGAAAAUGAUUUUGCCACCUCAAAAGGAUCACCGAGGGAAGUGGACACCGAAUUAUGAGGGACCAUAUGUGGUGAAAAAAGCCUUUGAAGGAGGGGCAUUAAUUUUGACAAGAAUGGAUGGAGAAGAAUUGCCUAAUCCGGUGAAUGCAGACGCCAUCAAAAAGGAUCAAUUGAUUCUUCAUGACAUUCUUGCUUCUUUAAGUGAGGCAGCCAUUCCCCUUGUUUCCUCUAUAGCAACACAUCGAGAGGGUUGGACUCACCUUGGCCGCCUCUAUGCCAAGCAUUCUACCACUCACAUUAUUCAUCUCAAAGAUAAGCUUACUACAACUACUCGUGGAUCACUUUCUGUGACUAAUUUUCUUGUUUCUAUCAAGCAACUUGUAAAAGAUCAUACUAUUCUUGGUGCCCCUCCAAAUGAUGUUGACCUUUUGAUUUACACAACUUGUGGCUUUGGUCCUGCAUAA